AUUAUAAACAGCUUUAGCGAAGAAACGAACAUACAUUCAGACACCUGGCUCUGUAUAAUCAGACAACAUGAACAGGACCAAACUGAAGAAAACCAAGGGGCCAGAAGGGCAGAAGAACAUCUUAUCCUUCUUCUCGUCCCAAAACCACCAGAAGGACUUGCUGUCUCCCACAAAAUUACCCAUCACUGCACUUGCCAGGACUGAACCUCAGAUCAAAAAUGGCGAAACCUCCACAUUCAGACCCCACUCUCCAUUAAAGAGGAGCAUCUUCAGGGAUCUGGAAAACCUCCAGCCCUGCUCACCAGAUCUUCUCCUCUCUGUGCCUGAGACCCCCGACAGUCAGAUUAAGCUUUCUGACACUUCUUCAUUCAGUGAUGGAGAUCGACUGAGCCCCCGGCCCAGCAGUAAGGCAGGUCUGGAGAAACUUGGCAACUUGUCACCCAUCUGUCGUACUCCCCGAUCCAAAGGUCAAAGAGCACGGAGAGUUAUGAGCGAGGAGGGAGGGAAAACGGAGAGGGAAAAUGGAUGGUCUGGCUCCGUGAAAAGAAUCAUCAGCCCUCCUCAAGAGUCUCACAAUGCCAAGAGACCAAGAAAUGCCAAUCCACCAAAGCCAAUUGGCCCUUUGAGGACACCUCGUUGCUCCAGCAACCUAUCAGAGGGUCAGUCCGUCUCUUAUGAUAAGAGAAACGUUUUAGGGGAUCAGAGAACACAUCAGAAAGAGAGGGAUGAAAAUGAGAAGGAUACUGGUUUUACUGUGAUAACGGAGCAGAAAGCAUAUGGAAACCUACACGCUCAUCUGGAUAAGGAUACUCACACUCUUACUGUUCACAUGCAUACACCUAGUGUGCAAAAUAUCUCAACUGAAAUGCAGAGAAGUGUAGAGCCGGGAGACCUUGACCUUACUAGGGCACGAGCUACAACAGCAGCAUUGACAUCCAAUGGAGACAAUCCAACAUCUUCUGAUCAGCAGAGAGCUGGAGCAGAAAAUCCAGGAGUGACGUCAAGCGGUCCUGUGGAAGAGAUGUUGGACGACAGCUGGUUCGAUGACCUGAUGGACAAUAAUAAAGAUCUUGUCAUAGAGGAGAAAUCCAAAAGACCACGUAAGGUGCCCGACCAUGUGAUUCUUUCUGGAGGACUUAACAACCGCUACUGGGUGUUGGAUGUGGAGGAAAAGCCUGGCAAAAAACUACUGACCAUCACAUGCUUCAAAUCUCAACAUCCAACUGAGACGUGUCUGCUGAAAGAUGGAUGGGAAAUUACCCCAGUUUGUUGUGGGGAUGUGGUGCAUCUGGAGGGCCACUCCGAUGGGGGCUCCUGGGUGGUGGACAGGGAGCAGGGCUUCCGUUUACUACCUGAUAGCCUCAUCUCAGGUACCAGCAUCUCAAGCUCCAUCCGCUGCAUGAGGCGUGCAGUACUGGCAGACAUGUUCAAGACUUUUGACGGUGGCUCCAAACAAAUGCUGAAUGGCACGAUUGUCCACGAGGUCUUCCAGAGGGCAGCUAGAGCUAAAGACUUUUCUUUGGAGACACUGACUAAAAUGGCAGACCAAGCCCUAUGCAGUCCCCAGUACCUGGGAGAUAUGUACACUUUGGGUGUAAGUCAGGAAGAGAUGAAGCAGGAACUGCAUGAUUAUCUGCCCUCACUGGAGCAUUGGGCAAAGCAAUACCUCAGCUCCUCAACACCAAAAGCCAUCAACCUCAAAAUCCCUAGCAACAGCAAAGCUCCAGGCAGAUGUCGGGAUUCGGCAACGGUUGUCACGGUAGCAGAGCUGGCAGAUAUAGAGGAGAAUGUGUGGUCACCGAGGUUUGGUCUGAAAGGGAAAAUCGACGUGACGGCACGGGUUCGAAUCCAAAACCCAGGAAGCGGUAGUUACAGAAGGCCGGAGGAGAAGACCAUCCCCCUGGAGCUGAAAACUGGAAAGGAGUCAAACUCGAUAGAGCAUCGCAGUCAGGUGAUUCUUUACACUCUGAUGAGCCUGGAGAGAUACAAUUCUGAAGCUGGCCUACUGCUUUACCUCAAGACCGGCAACCUGCACCCUGUGGUGGCCAGCCACAUGGACCGCAGAGAGCUGCUGAAGCUGAGGAACACGUUGGUUCAUCACAUUCACAACUGUGUGAAGAAAGAGGCGAAGAGGAGCCGUUUGUCUCGACUUCCUGACAUCCUGACCGACAGACAAACCUGCCAGUACUGUCCUCAGCAGAGAAACUGUGCUUUGUACGAAAGGGCGCUUGAUGGCAGCUCUGCAGAUGACCUUGAGGAUGUUGUGCGUGACUUUCUACAGCAAGAGACGGGCCACCUGAUCCCACCACAUCUAAGCUAUUUUUCCCAAUGGCUGCUGCUCUGCUGCCUUGAGGCUGGCAGCAUGGAGGCCAGGAACGGCAGAAAGCGUGUGUGGCUUGAGAAGCCUGAGGAGAGUGAGAAGAAUGGGAGCUGUGUUGGAAAUGUGCAACUGAGUGGCCCGGUGACCGUGCGGUCUGAAGGGGUUUUCCUCCAUAGUUUCCAGCGAAGCAAUGCAGUGCCACAGAAGGGUUUGGUCAGUAGCGGUCUGGUCAGUAGCGGUCUGGCCAGCGGCGAUCGUAUCGUUGUUAGUGACCAGGAAGGUCGUCUGGUUGGUUUGGCAACAGGAUACCUGUGUGAGGUCAGCAGGACAUCGAUCAACUGCACUCUGGACAGAGACCUGUCUAAGUUCAGUGGUGUGUUGUUUCGACUGGACAGUGAUGAAGGUGUCAUGGGUCUCAGCACUCACCUCACCAAUCUCUCCAAACUGAUGGAAAACAGUCAGGGCAGUGAUCGUCUGAGGGAGCUGGUCGUUGACCUUCGUCCUCCAGAGUUCAUUUCCAACCUCAGCUCUGUUCUGCCAAGAGAGGCCAAGGACACUGUGGCCAACAUCCUCAAAGGUCUCAACAAACCCCAGAAGCAGGCCAUGAAGAAGGUGUUGUUAUCUAAAGACUACACACUGAUCGUUGGCAUGCCAGGCACGGGCAAAACCACAACUAUCUGCACCCUGGUUCGCAUCCUUCACGCGUGUGGGUUGAGCGUGUUGUUGACCAGCUACACCCACUCUGCUGUCGACAACAUCCUGCUGAAGUUAAAGCGUUUCCGAGUUGGGUUUCUGCGUCUUGGGCAAGGGCAGAAGGUUCAUCCAGACAUCCUGCCUUACACAGAGGAAAGUGCGAGAAAGAAGGGAGUUAAAUCUCUGUCAGAGUUGGAGCAGCUUUAUAACAAAGAGCUGGUAGUGGCAACCACCUGUAUGGGCAUCAAGCAUCCCAUAUUCACACGUCGGCGGUUUGAUUUCUGCAUCAUAGACGAGGCUUCACAGAUCAGCCAGCCGAUCUGUCUGGGACCGCUGUUCUAUGCCAAGAGAUUUGUCCUGGUUGGAGAUCACCAACAGCUGCCACCAAUAGUGCAAAAUCAGGAGGCGAGGUCACUUGGCAUGGACGAAAGUCUAUUUAAGCGACUUGAGCUCCAUGAUGAAGCAGUGGUGCAACUUACUGUACAGUACCGGAUGAAUAGGCAGAUAAUGUCUCUGAGUAACUCCCUGAUGUAUGAGGGCCGGCUGGAGUGUGGAUCAGAGAGGACAGCCACGUCCCUCCUCACUCUGCCCUUCCUGCUGUCCGUCCAGUCGGAGCUGAGUGCGUACGCUGACACUCAUCCGGGGCUCGACCUGGCUUGGAUACAGGACAUGUUACUGCCCAGCCGCCCUGUUUGUUUCCUGGAUUGCUCCAUGGUGCCAGCACUGGAGUCUGUGGAGCAGGGAGGUGUCAGCAAUCACACCGAGGCGGCUCUCAUACACAGGCUGCUUUCACUGCUCAUAAAGGCGGGUUGUAAGCCCUGUGAUAUCGGUGUGAUCGCCCCCUACAGACAGCAGCUAAAGAGUAUCUCUGCUCUGCUGCUGUCCUCUGCUUUCACCGGUGUGGAGGUGAAUACAGUGGACAGAUACCAAGGACGGGACAAAAGUCUGAUCGUUUUCUCUUUUGUCAGGAGCACUUCAGAGGAUGGAAAUUUAGGAGAGCUGUUGAAGGACUGGCGUCGCCUGAACGUAGCCAUUACCCGGGCUAAACACAAGCUGCUGAUGGUGGGCUCUACCGCAACGCUACGACGCUACGCACCUGUGGAGAAACUACUCAACCAUCUCCAGCAAGAGAACAUGAUUAUCCAGCUCCCGCCUGCAGCCCACAUGGCUUUACAAAGCAUGUCCCUGUGAAAGAGUCUCUGAAGCCGUGGCGGGGUUACAGAGCACCAAUGUGUCGCUCUGCCUGUAGCUGUGGAGCCACUUAAUAUUGUCAAUCUUUGAACUAAAUAUAUAAUUCUGCUAAAAGGACAACCAUGUGUCACUGGGGAGUACAUUAAUCAAUACACUAGGACUGACAUCGAAGGAACCAAGGAUUUUGAUAAGCCCCUAUUGUCUAAAGCACUUGGAAACGCUGGUGUCUUUGUUUAAAUAUUGAAGCAUAUGCAUCUUGAGCAUUUCUUGCCACAUUUUGUGGAAGGAAAGUGGCAAGACCUCAUAAGCUUGAGAUCCUGAACAUCAACCACACUCUAAAAGUACUCCAAUAUCAAAAGUGUCAAUAUGUAAUGUCUAUGCUGUGAAACCAAGUACUUUUAUUCUGGUGUAGAGCUUCUGUAACAUGGUGUUAAAGCUCAAAUGUAUUGAUGGUAUAGUGCAUCAAACCUCAGCUAGGGCUGAUCACGAUUCAUAAACUCAGAUACCUCUCUCAAAACACUGUGACAAUAAUUAAGACUUCACUGUCAGUACUAUAUCUAAAUAUUUCCACACAACACACUAAGCCAUUGUUAAUGUGAACAGGACCAAACGUUUUACAGUUCAUCAGUCAGAUAAGCUCGGAUGUCAACUGACCCGUUAACUAAACAGGAAAAACAAGACUGAAAAAUAGUGAAGCUACAUCACAAAAUGAAUGAUAACAUGAGUCAUUCUUUGUCCGAAAUGAAGCGUUUUGAUCUAAUUUCUUAUUUCACGGUGGUCACUGGACUUCAUUCACACUUGAACUUUACUCUUGAGCAGCUUUAAAUGUUAUUCUGUUUUAAAGAAAAGCUUGUUUUUAAGUCAAUUUCUGUCAAACCUAGACAAGCAAUUGGUCAUGAGUGUGUAGGAAAAUCACAAUGUAGAAAUAAGUGUGUUCUGUUCAUAUGUAACCUAAUGCUUACAAACUGAUGAUUUAACUGAUGACAUCUUGACAAAAGCUAACUGUUAAUCUACCUUUUGAUCUGUUUUCAUCCAAAACAAUCUCUGAUUUCACUGUUUCGUUGUUUUUUAUAUUGUUAUUUUGUAAUUAAAUAGAAGAACUUCUAUCAAA